CCGCCGUUUGCCCACGGCACCAGGCCCGGUUGGGUCAGCGCAUCCUCUCGAGACCCGCGCGGCCUUGGCGUGCCGUGUGCCCACAUCCCUGUCGUCUCUUGACGAAACGCUCGUGACGCUCGGCCGGGGCGCAUCAUACGCACGCUGCCCACGACCAUGCCCGCCUACUCCUAGCCACCACCCCUCGAUCUCCCGUAUAUCCUCGCCCAUCUCUACUGCUCUCCUUGCCGCCGCAACCUCCGCCUCCCUACAACUCACUCCCGAACCCUCCACCGCUGCCCCCGGUCGCUGCCUGGCCGCCCAACAAGAUCCCCCAUCGUUGAGCUCCGCGCUCAAGCUCCACCGCAACUGAUCCGACCUUCACCACCCAGGAGCUGGUCGCGCGCUCCGAUCAUUCACCAUGCAAUACGUGCGCUCCAUGUCCGGCGCCGUCUCCAAGACCUGGAACUCCAUCAACCCCGCCACCCUUUCUGGCGCAAUCGACGUCAUUGUCGUUGAGCAGGAAGACGGCUCCCUGGCUUGCUCGCCCUUCCACGUCCGCUUCGGCAAGUUUUCGUUGCUUCGCCCUUCGGAGAAAAAGGUCGAGUUCAAGGUCAAUGGAGUCAAGCAAAACUAUGCUAUGAAACUUGGCGAGGGCGGAGAAGCCUUUUUUGUCUUUGAGACUGCCGAAAGUAUACCGGAAGCUCUCCAGACUUCACCUCUGGUUUCUCCAACAUCCAGCCCGCAAUACAAAGAUUCUUCAGGCUCAAAUGUAACCUUGUCCGAGCCCGAGCCCUUCGAUCUAGCGACAGACGGACAAGAUGAGAGACCAGGGUUAACCAAGCCUACCAUUAUGGUAGACCGGGCACGAGCAAAGAGCGACCUUGGAGACAAUCCCAUGUCACCCUCUGAAAUCCCGACAGCUCCCAACUGGUCCGGCGCCUCGACACUUCCCAGGCAUUUCGACCGUGUACACAGCGACGACAUUCUUCCUACAAAAACUUCCUUGACCAAGGCUUUCACAGAGGGUCCACAAGGCUUCGAUCCUGCAUUAGAGCCACCAGGGCCGGGUUCUCUCUCUCACCGUUCCACAAGCCCCCCUCCUAUUUCCCACACUGAGGCAGUUGCUCGUGCCGUUACACUCUCGAAAAAGCUAUGGAAUUCGAACAUCUCUUCGCAGGUCACAGAGACUGGAGAUUUGAAGCUAGAUAUGACGGGUUACAAGAGCAGUGAAGAGGAUGGUCUGCGAGCCGAAGUCAUUGCGCGCAAGAUCCUUUCCGAGGAACUGGAGGGCAACUACGACAUCGGCGCUUUGAUCGGUGCGGACGAGCAUGGCAAUCUCUGGAUAUACAGCAGUGAGGAAGCGAAGCAAGCUGCCGGCCGUAAGGCAGGUCUGCAGGGCCUAAACCCGGAAGCCAUGAGGUCUGCAGACGCCCUUAGCGACCCUGGAUACCACAGCGACGAUGCUGUCUGCAGCGAUGCCGAGACUGAAAUUGGAACUAUGCGUAUGCGACGGGAGUCUGACAGCGGUGUCGGACUUCCGACACCCCCCAAGUCUCCGGAGAAGGCCUCGGCGGGCGAUCCCAACAGAAACUAUGCCAAGACACUGCGGCUCACCAGCGACCAGCUCAAGGCGCUGAACUUGAAAUCCGGAGAGAACACGAUGAGCUUCAGCGUCAAUCGGGCUACGUGUGUGGCUUACAUGUACUACUGGCGGCACAACGUCCCCGUUGUCAUCUCCGACAUUGACGGGACCAUCACCAAGUCGGAUGCCCUGGGCCACGUACUCAACAUGAUUGGGCGUGACUGGACGCACCUAGGAGUCGCCAAGCUCUACACCGAUAUUGCCACGAACGGGUACAAUCUCAUUUACCUCACGUCACGUUCUGUAGGCCAAGCAGACACCACACGUGCUUACCUGAAUGGCGUCGUUCAAGAAGGAUACAAACUUCCAAAGGGAGCUGUUAUCAUGAGUCCUGAUCGCACGAUGGCCGCCCUUCGCCGAGAAGUCUACCUAAGAAAACCUGAGGUGUUCAAGAUGGCUUGUUUGCGCGACAUCAUGAACCUGUUUGGCAAGCCUGCGGGUCAAACUCCUUUCUAUGCUGGCUUUGGAAACCGUUUGACCGACGCGCUGUCUUACCGCUCCGUUAACAUACCAUCGACGCGCAUUUUCACGAUCAACAGUAAUGCCGAAGUCUCCUUAGACCUCUUGUCGCUGAACAAGUACAAGACGGGUUAUACCAGCAUGCGUGAGAUUGUGGAUCAUUAUUUCCCUCCCGUCGGUCUCCUCGUCCAGAACGGAGGCGAGGAGUUCACCGACUUCAACUAUUGGCGCGAUAGGACUUUGGAACUGGAUGAGUUCUCGGCCAGUGAGAGCUCCGACACAGAGAGCGAAGACGACCAAGCCGACGAAGAAGGCAGUGUGCAUAGCGAGGACGAAGCAGAGGGCGAGGUUGACGGCGACAUGGAAGCCAGCUAUAUGACACGCGAUUCCAUUGACGAGACAGGGCAGAUGGAGGACUCGAUUAUGGAGAGCAUUGACGGUGACGCUGCAGACGACGAAGAGUAUGACGAAGAUGACGAAGGUUCAGAAGACGAAGGCUCAGACGAAGAAGAAGCCGGAGAAGGCAGGUUUGACGGUUACGAAGAAGAAAUAGACGAAGAGGAAGCGAGAGAGCUGGACCGGCAGUUAGAGGAGCUGGGGCUCGAUUCGGACAUGACGCCCGGCCAGUCCCCGUCCGCAGCAGACAAGACUACGCCCAGCGGCAAGGCCUUGGCGCCUGCUUCGACCUCGCCAGAACGCAGCGGCGCAGGCCGUUCAGCGACGCCCGAGACGCCUACGCGUCGGAGGUAGGUCUCUGCACGAGAAGACACACGGCUUGAUGGCAACGGCGCACUUUUGCGGGGGACUGGGCAAUCUUUCUUUUUUUCCGGACUUUGAGCAGCAUUGCGUGGGCGCUUUAGGGAGCAGCUGUAUUACGACGUUGUAAUAUGUGUUUUGGUGGGUUGGGGUGUGCUAUGGGAAAUCACUCCUCUGGGUUUUUGACAUUACUUCUCGUAAAUGAUUGGGUUUUCUGCUUGUGCAGCUGCGGUAUGCUGGAGUGUGUUUCUAGACUGUUGCUAUGCGCGGUUAGAGGGGUGUGCUGCGGUCGUAUGGAGUAAAUAUUGUUGCUUUGUAUGCUUUUGUGAGCUACUUGUCUUGUUGUGAGUAUAAGCUCUAUAUCCGUCUACGAAGU